CACCUGUGAACAGGAUCCCACCCUCCACAGCUCAAACCAUGGCCUGCUCCUCUUGCUGCAAGCCUACCUGCUGCAGGACCACCUGCUGCAAGACCACCUGCUGCCAGCCUUGCUGUCCCCCAACUUGCUGUGAAACUACCUGCUGCAAGACCACCUGCUGCAAACCAACCUGUGUGGUCAGCUGCUGCAGCACACCCUGCUGUAAACCUAGGUGCUGUGAGCCUUGCUGCUGCUCCAGUUGCUGCAUCUUUCCCUGCUGCCCUCCUACUUGCUCUCAAACCAUUUGUUGCAGGACCACCUGCUCCAAAAAAUCCCAUGUGACCCGCUGCUGCAGCACACCCUGCUGCCAGCCCUUCUGCUGUAUGUGCAGCUUCUGUCAGCCUUGCUCUUCAGCUGCUCACAUGAGCCACCAGACUCCAGGGAAAGAGGUGGUAGGUGCUUGGCUGGACUGUACCACAAGUCACCAUAUUGUGCAAACCCACUCACCUGUGAACAGGAUCCCACCCUCCACACCUCACACCAUGGCCGGCUCCUGCUUUUUCCCUUGCUGCCAGCCUACCUGCUGCAGGACCACCUGCUGCAAGACCACCUGCUGGAAACCAGCCUGUGUCACCAGCUGCUGCAGCACACCCUGCUGUCCACCCAGCUGCUGUGCACCCAGCUGCUGUAUUAAAACCACCUGUGACAGCUGCUGUCCCCCAGCUUGCUGUGAAACCACCUGCUGCAAAACCACCUGCUGCAAACCAGCCUUUGUGGUCAGCUGCUGCAGCACACCCUGCUGUGAGCCUUGCUGCUGCCCCAGCUGCUGCAUCAUUCCCUGCUGCCAGCCCUGCUGUCCCCCAACUUGCUGUGAAACCAUCUGCUGCAGGACUACCUGCUGCAAACCAACCUGUGGCCCCAGCUGCUGCAGCAUCUGCUGCCAGCCCUGCUGCUGUGUGGACACCUGCUGCCAGCCUUGCUGCCCGUGAUCAACCCCCUAAGGACCAAGGUUUACACAGACUCCUGUUAGCUGCCUUUCCUUUCCUGCAAGAACUCUCUUCUUACCUGGCUGAAGAUCAUCAAGCUGUCACCAGAAAUUCACAGUCACCCCUGUAACAGCAUGUGAAUCACCUCAAGGGAGUGCAGACCACUCCACUCCUGUCCUCUUCUUCCUUAGGCCAUGUGCAUCUUGUGCCUGCUUAAUAUAUCUUUGAUGGCAAGGUGUUGUCAUGGCUGAAAAAUCUGAGACCAAGAUUUUUACCUCUCAUCUAAAGAAAACAAGAACACAUUUUUCCAGAAGAAUUUCAUAGGUAUAUGCAACUGCUCCUUCAUCGUUACAGUUAUGGUUUCUUUUUGUCUUGUUCUCUAUAUUCCUGAAUGCUGCUUUCUCCUGUCAACAUCAACUUCAAUGGCCUGGGUACAGACAACCUUUAUAAAUUAUUAAUAAAA